ACCCACCUGUGCCCAGCAGUGCACCCACCUGUGCCACUCUGCAGUGCCACCUACCUGUGCCCAGAAGUGCCACCUACCUGUGCCCACCCACCUGUGCCCACCAGUGCCACCCACCUGUGCCCACCCACCAGUGCCGCCCACCAGUGCCGCCCACCAGUGCUACCAGUCAGUGCCACCAGUCAGUGCCCAGGGGUUGUGCCAGUCAGUGCCGUCAGUCAGUGCCCAGCAGUGAUGCCAGUUAGUGCCGUCUAUCAGUACCCAUCAUCAGUGUCACCUAUCAGUGCCGCCUAUCAGUGCUGCCUAUUCGUGCCACCUCAUUAGUACUGCCUAUCAGUGCCCUUUAG